AUGGGGAGCCGUGUUUCUCGGGAAGAUUUUGAGUGGGUCGACACGGAUGAGCCUCAUGCGCAGAGGAAACGAGAGAUCCUGGCAAAGUAUCCAGAGAUCAAAUCCUUGAUGAAACCUGACCCCAACCUGAUCUGGACCAUAUCCAUGAUGGUUCUUGCCCAGCUGGUUUCAUUCUACUUAGUUCAAGACUUGGACUGGAAGUGGGUUCUAGUUUGGUCUUAUGUCUUUGGUAGCACCAUUAACCACUCAGUGACUCUGGGGAUGCAUGAGAUUUCCCACAGUUUCCCCUUUGGCCACCACAGGGCGCUGUGGAACAGCUGGUUUGGAAUAUUUGCUAACCUCCCUUUGGGAAUUCCGAUUUCAGUUUCCUACAAAAAAUACCACAUGGACCACCAUCGGCACCUGGGAGUUGGUGGCCUUGAUGUAGGUAUUCCCACUGAUUUUGAGGCCUGGUUCUUCUGCACCACUUUCAGGAAACUUGUCUGGGUGACUUUUCAGCCUCUCUUUGUGCUUUUACGACCUCUAGUUAUCAACCAGAAACCAAUUACCUAUCUGGAAAUCAUCAAUACUGUGACCCAGAUAAUUUUUGACAUUAUAGUUUAUUAUGUUUUUGGAAUUAAAUCUUUAGUCUACAUGUUGGCAGCUGCUCUGCUUGGCCUGGGUUUUCAACCAAUUGCUGGGCAUUUUAUAGCUGACCAUUACAUGUUCUUAAAGGGACACGAAACAUACUCAUAUUAUGGGCCUCUGAAUUUCCUGACCUUCAAUGUUGGCUACCAUAAUGAACACCAUGACUUCCCCAACAUUCCAGGAAAAAACCUGCCCUUGGUGAGGAAAAUAGCAGCUGAAUACUACGAUAAACUCCCCCAGUACAACUCCUGGGUCAAAGUACUGUUUGAUUUUGUGAUGGAUGACACACUGAGUCCCUACUCACGGGUGAAGAGGCUUCAGAAAGGGAAACAGCUUUUGGAGAAACACUCUCAGAAUCAAGGCAAAUUCUGCAAAGAUUUUAAAUAG